AUGCCGACGGUCCAGCUACGGAAGAAUGCGACGAUCGCAACGGUCAGAUUCGGUGGAAACGAGCCGACGAACACGAUCGGGAUCACAACAGUCAUUACCCCGAUUGGAGAAGUCGUUUUCCACGUUAUCAAUAUGUCAACGCCCUUCUUGCUAUGCCUCAAGGAUAUGGACCGUCUCGGUGCCUAUCUCAACAACGUCACGAACGAAUUGAUCUGCGGCGAUAAGAGGAUUCCGAUCAUCAAGGCAGACGCACCGCGCAGGUUCAAAUUCACGUUAAAGGAUAACUGCGAUUUCAACUACGAAUUGAUCGUCGAUGUAAUGCAUCUUGACAGCCGAGACGUGGAAGCACUCAAAUUGUGUUGGAUUGACACAUACCUAGGCCCUCCAGAUGUUAUCACGCACGACGCUGGUACGAAUUUUGCCUCCUCUGAGUUCCAAGCAGAAGCGAAGCUGCUAGGAAUAACCUGUCACCAAGUGCCCGUCGAAGCCCACUGGUCAAUUGCAUCAGCUGAGUCGUUGCUUCAAAUGGCCUUCAAAUCCGUCAAUGAUACCGCCGGACCUGACGGUCUAGUGCCCACACUACUAGUCUUUGAGGUCACAGUUGAGCUAGACAACGGGCCAGCUAAAUUUCGCAGCACGGCUUUACGUGCAGAGAAGAAAAUCACUACCGCCGGACGACCGUUUGAAGCCUCUGAUGACCUCGAAAUCACGAACCUGCUAGGCGCAGGCGUCAUCGUGCCCGAACGAUACGAUAUGAAUAAGCAUGGAAAACACAGGCUAUUCAAGUCACGAAUGGUCCGGGAGGUCAAAGGAUAUGGUGACGACGAGAAGCAGAUCAACGUCACGACCGCAGAGACCAACGCGGAUACCGCACUUCAGGUUAAUGCCUUCGGCGUUGCCGCGCUUCAGACUGAUGAUACGUUAUUGGUAGGCACAACAACAUUCCUGCAACGUGAAGACCGCGAGCUAUGCUUCCAAGCCAAGCCAAAGAAGACCCUACGAGAAGUCAUGCAGAAAGGUCAGGUCAACAACCUCAAAAUUAUCGAUCUAUCCACGGAAGAUCGGGCCCAACGAUACGUGGAACAACGUGCCCAUCCAACCGCGGAGGAUUUUCAGGCGUUGAAUAAACGGAUCCAAUGGCAGAUCGACAAUCCACAAAGAGGCCUUCGAUUCGUCCCAAUAGGUCUAGAAGCAGCAAAGGUCUUCGUCUUCACAGACGGAUCAUUCGCCAACAACAAGGACUUAAGCUCUCAGAUCGGAUUCGUUAUAAUCAUUGCAACCGAGACUAACUCGACGAAGUAUUCGUACAGCCUGUACGAGUGCCUAGUGAAGCUUGGCACCACCACGGAGAAACGUCUGAUGAUCGAUAUCAUGGCGUUGAGACAGGCCUACGAACAACGCGAAAUCACCAACAUCCGCUGGAUCAACGGAGCGGAUAACCCGGCCGAUGCAAUGACGAAGCUAUCUCCAAACGGGGCCUUAACCCGAUUCGUUAACGACAACGAGAUCACGAUCCGGCUCGAAGGCUGGGUUCAAAGGAAGGAAGAUAUGACCGCAUGA